UGUACCUGAGAGGAAGGGUAAGUUGAGUUGAGGGUGCGCUUCGUUCGUACUGCCAAUGCCAAAUGCGUGCAAUAUAGUCGAUUGCUUCUUCAUUCUCUGCUUUAGCCCACACAAUAUCGUGGUUUCUCAUCAGCGUCUUGCGCUAACUUGAUAUCGUGCAAUUCGCUUUUGUAGGUUUUCAAAACACUUCAGUUGAACAUUUUGAUAUUCAGACCAAUCCCUAGGGAGUUACCAUAUUGAUAUCUUUAUAGCAUUAUGGGUGAAUUUACAAUUCAGAUUAGCAAUGACCUUGUUGAUAAGCUUGUUGACGAACCAGUGAUAAAGAAGAAAACAAGAAGGGUCAGACGUAAAGUAGCACGAGAGACUGAAAAUCCCCAAUCUAAUGUAGCUGGAAAAACUGAGACUGCACCUGCUCCAGGGUGGCCAGUGCAGCCCCCUUUGUUUCUACCUGCAAUAGUGCCUGUACACCCUUCCCAUUCAGAGUUAGAAGGCAUUCGAUCUGUGCUUCAGGAAAGUGAGAAGGUUUUGGAAAGAUUGCAGAACCAAGAGGAGAUCUUGUUGCAGGAAGUAACCCAAAAGGCAAAGGAACUCCAUGAUAAAGAGUAUAAGCUUCCAAACCCAAAGCCUGAGCGUUGCAUGGCUGAGAGGCUUGCUUCGUUAGCUUGUUACAAGGAACAUAUCAAGGACCCUUUGAAAUGUGCUGGAUUUGUUACCAAUUUUGCAGAUUGCUUACGUAGGCUUGGCCCUUUAGGUAACAAAUAAGCUAUACUGAGAAGUUCUUUAUAAGGAAAUUCAUGUGAAAGAAAUGCAAAUAAACUUGUAAACUACAUACUGACAAACAUUUUGUUGCUGCCAAUUUUGUGUAACAUUUCAUUCUCAAGUAAUGUUGAACUGUUUUCUUUUUUUGAAAACAUCAUUGAACUGUUUUAUAGUUCAGAGUAAGUGACUUUGUCUGUUUGAGAUUUGAACA